AAUCCAUCGAAUUGUUUUCGUACCGUGUGUGGUGAUGUUCAUUCGCGUUAGCUGUAAUUUCUCUGAUUUGGUCGGUUUUUUGCUCUGAUUUACUAUAAAGUGGUUUAAUUCCGCGUUAAGCAAUAUGUUUAAAAUAAUAAUCAGUUGAAAUAUUCGUAAAAACGGUGAAGAUAAACUAGAGGAAAGAAAAUUCCGUCGGGGACGCAGUAAAACCAUCAACCUGUAGUGAAAAUUAGAGAAAAUUCUAGUUUACAAAAGCGGGUGGCAAUAUUCAGAGCCAUCAAGUCACGAAUUAGAAUACAGUGGAAAUACCCCAGUGGAACGUGUAGUUAUUUGUGCGCCGAUUUGCCGAAAAAGGAUUGGUUCAAGUGAUAGGAAAAAGUGCAGCAAAAAAAGAGCGCGCGUACAUUACUGCAUUUUGAUCCAAAAAAAACAUCCCCGUUAGUUGGAAAGAGACCAACCGCACUACUACAAUCGCAGAACUUGAGCGUGGCCCUUCGCGCUCGUCGAUAUCCGACAAUGACGGCUGCGACUAUGUACAAGCUCCCGGCCCAUGACCAGUAUGACAAGCUUCGGAAGGCACUCCAAUCGGGUAGCCGGUCUCAGAUUGAUAAGAUACUCGAAUCGUUGGUGAAAACCUGCCAAAAGCAGAUCCCUUCCAGCGAGAAGCAAAAGAUAGAUGACGAUCAGUUGAAUUUCUGGAUGAAUGAUGUGCUGCGCUUGCUGUUUGACUGGGAGAACCCGCUGACGCGGGAUCUAGCACUUCGUGCAUCGGAAGCUAUUCUUCCUCACCUGGAGCAAACGCUCUACUUGGAUUCCCCUGCGUGGCCCGCGCUGAAAACGCAAAUAAGCAACAUUUAUUCCAAUUUGCUAGAGCAAGCUCGGGGUAGGAACGAUCCCGAAUGGCAUCGGAAGUGGUCGGUGCUUGUGCGGGUGUUGGAUAGAGAGAUCUGUCAGGGAGCGGUGAUUAUCAAUGUUUUUCUGGCUAUCGUCGAGAGUGGCUUCCGAUCGGCGGAGCUGUUGGUUCGUGAGCAGUCUUUCGAUUGCUGGAAGCUGCUGGUGGAGAUAUUUGCAAAAUACAACCAGAUAAACAUCCAGAAGCGAAUAAAACUGAUCUGCAUUCCGCUGAAGAGCUCGAAAUCGAAAACGGAGGUGAUAGCGAGGAAAAAGUUUGAAAUUUGGUGGUUUUUGAUAAACAAACUGCAACAUCAGCUCGAUUCGUUCGCGGACAACGUGUUUGAGCCGUUUAUUUACUUCUGUUUUGGACCAUCGUUCAAAACGCCUUUGUGCUACUAUUUUGACAACAGUUACCAGGAGUUUGGCGCGCCGGGUAAAAUCUACAGCACCAUCAAGCAACUGUCCGCCGUUGCGUUGAUUCAUAUGCUCGGUCCGGCGCCAAAAAUUGCUGAAACCUUGCUGCAAGAGGCUAACGGGAUCAGCAAGAACGGUCUAAUUAAUUUCAAUGUGACUGCUAAACAGGCCAUCAUUUCGCCUAAACUGUUCACUGCUAAGGCGAGAUUGAUUAUCAAUUCCUGCACCGAGUGUACGGUGCUGUUUUCGCAGAUGAAGGAACUCAACUAUGUGGAGUUGAAUCGGUGCCUGUGGAAUAAUCUGCUGGCUAUGGUGGAGCAGGAGAAGACCAUUCCGCGGAGCGAGAUGCUCGACUGGGUGCGGGAGAAUUUGGCUGCGUUGAUCAGUUUGAGUACGCAAUUGAAGGAUGGUGUCAUCUGUGAACUGCUGUACGAUACUGUACGGAUAGUGGCACAAACUAAUCUGACGAUGGUCACCAUUGGUCACGAUAGCCCCGAACAGCUAGUCAACAACUAUCGUAACUUUAUGAGCCUGAUUUUUAACGAGGAUUUAAAUUACCCGGAAGACAUAUCAUUUACAAUAUUGUCGAACGUCUUCGACCUACGCCGAUACUCUUCCCAUCCGAAUGGCUACUGGGACAUGCUACAGAAAACCGUUCAAUACCUGUCCGAUCUGGAUCCGUUGCUUUUCAGUGACUCGAGCGCAAGCGCCUCCAAUCGGCGAAUGGUCACCCAGAUCUAUCGAUCGAUGGCCGGCCAUCUGAAGGAACAAAUCAGUAUCCAUCGGAAGCAGUGCGAACCAUCCCUGCCAAUCGUGUUGGGUUUCCUGUUAUUCCCACUGGAAUACGAUCGCUUCCUGGAGGUUGGCGAACUGCGUGACGACUGGCAGCAGGUGUACGGUGAGAUCGUUUCCGGACAACGGUCGACCCGUUGUGCAUGUGCCUUCAGUGAGCUGCUAAAGGCAAUGACGGUAGCCAAGUAUAAUGCCAAUUUGGGAGUGAUUCUUGAGUUCUUCCGGAUUGUGUUGGAUUCGAUACCGGGUGAUUUUGAUCUGAAUCAACCACCGGUGAAAACGUUGGAGCUGUUCAAGGAUCUGGUGCGGAAGGCGCUGGUGUUUCAGAACAGUUUGGUGGAAGUUGGACGUGGUUUAAAUGCAUUUCGGCUGCUGAUCGAACGAAUGUCGAUCCGGUGUUUGUUGGUGGUGAUAAUGCCUAUUCGGAACGUAAUUGGUGAGUUGGUCACAGGGGAGAGUGAUAAACUGAUAGAUGAGGUUAAGAAAACACUGAAAGCGCUGGUAGAUCGGUUCGUGGCAGCUAAGUUUGUGACCGAGCUGAAAACUCACCCGAAGGAGGUCAAAUGGAACUGUAAGAUGCUACUUUCGCAGCUGUUGGAACUUCCAAGCGAGGUACAGCGACAGUGGAAGGUGCCCGAGUUGAAAAAGCUUGUCGAUAUCUGUGAGGGCAAGGAACCGGCCAAGACCACGAAAAAUGUUAAGAAGGAAGGUGAUUUUGUUGUGAUUGAUAAAGUGUGGAAGUUCACGCCGGACAAGCUGACGGAACAUCAGCGAGAUAGAAUGCGUGAGAAACGGGAUGACAUUCCAGCGCUGUACAACGACAUGAGCCAGUCGCAGGAUAGUUUUGUGAUUAAGCCAUGGACUCCGAACAAAAUCGUGAUACCAGCUGAUGAUCACAAUGAUCACGAUACGAUCGUGAUGUGUGCCUCUGGGGAUUCCAACUCCGUGACAAACGGUGUGCGAGAGGCUAUCGUCCCGAAAGAACAAGGAGCCGCUGUAGUUGAGAAGAUCAAACUGGACAAGGAAAAUAAUAAUGGUAAUGUACCGACCAGUGCUAUUGGCAAAGAACAUCCAAGCAGUUCAAACACUUCCAACGCCAAAAGGACUGCCGAGAAGAAAUCAAGAGUCGCUAGAGAAUUGGACCAGCUGAAGAUUGACACUAUCGAAGGUAAAAAUUUGCAAGCAAGCCGAAUGGCAAGAACUAGAAGGUCCACUAGCCUGGAACCCACUGGUCCCUCUAGAAGAAAACUCAUUACUGAUCCGAAAAAAUCGUCCGACACUGGCGGUAAACCAUCAGAUACAGAAACUAAGCGUCGUAAACGAAGAAAAGUUGAGAAAAUCGAUGAAAAGCAAGAAGAGAAACCAGAACCGGAAGCCGUUUCUCCCACCAAGAAGCAGCUGGACGAAAAACUAAAAAGUCCGGCAGAGCGUACUUCACCCAGAAAAUCUUUAAAUUUCGAUAAUGUUGUGGAUAAGGAACCAACGGCAGCGAUGGAAGCACCAAGAACUAAAUCCCCGAUGAAGCCCAAAGCAAUAAACGAAUCUAUCGAGGAAGUGAUUGAAUCGUCACAACAGGUGAACUCGCAAUCACUUCUCACCAGAAAAUUCACUCCCCGGAAGCCGAAAGACGAAGAAAAAGAGGAUGCUCCAGCUGUAGCGAUUUGUGCGACGCUGUCUUUCGACACAGAAGCUGAAAAUGAGUUGGCCAAACUGAACCGCAAGUCACCAAGCAAGGUGCAACCGGAAACCAUCCUAGUAUCACCCAGUAAGAACACAAGAAGUGCAACAGCUGCCGCGCAACAGAAAAUAUCCGAAAUGGAUACCGUACCGAAUACCCCACCUUCGGAAUCCUUGCCAGAAACCGCAGGAACUGCGACGGAGUCUCUAGCUACUCAGAUUGAGAAGCCUAAAACAGUUUCACCCGCUAAAAACCUUAGAAAAAGCAAGAACUCAAGUCCCAACUCCUUGUCCAACACGAUUUCAGCAACGACGGAGUCCCCCGUUACGCAGGUUGAAGAGCCCGCACUCAUUUCGCCCGCCAAAAGUCCUAGAAAAGGCAAAAGAUCCCUAAGUCCGGUACCAAUGGACACUGAUCCGGCUCCAGCACCCGAGUCUCCUAAAAAACCAACCAAAACCGACGAUGAUCUUCCUGUUUCUCCAAACCUGUCCCCCGUUCGAAACCUUGACGAUCAGAUGGAACCACUGACUAAAAGUCUCAAUCGUAGUCUCGUAUCUUCACCGGAGGGAGCCGAUCAAAGCGAACGCGAAGCGGAUCUCCUUAACAGUACCCUCAACAUCUCACCAAUCUCGGAAGAAAAAGGACAACCCUCAACUCCCUCCUUGCAAGGUGCUUCCGCUACCACAAAAGACCCCCCUGCCUCCGGCAGCGGCGAGAAACGCCUAUCAAGCCGUCUAAUGGAACGGGAAAAAACAUCCACUACCAUGAUGCCAUCACCUGUAACUCGUCGAACCCGACACUCUCCCCCCAUGCCGGCUUCGAUGGCUAAUCUGAAAGGACGCACUCUCCAAAUGACCCCGCGCAGCCCCAGCACUAACAAAAUCGAAUUGAGAGGUCGAGGCGCCCAGCUAAUCAAUCUAAUUAGGAACCAAAAUAGCGAAGCUUCGCCGAAACCAUCUGCACCAGUCCCGCAGAAUUCGUCGACUCCAAAACAUACACCAGUCACCCCCAACGACAGAUGCCUGAUGAUGCGAAAGAUGGCCACCACAUCCACCACCAGUACUCCAACCACAACACAAUCCCCAGACCAACCGAAACCGCUCGACAAGGACAAAGAAAAAGACUACCUGGUCUUUUCGAAAGUUCUACCAUCUCCCCAAGCUUCUCCGGCGGUCAGCAUUCUCAAGCGUAAGCUGAAUCAAGAGGACAGCGGUGAUGAGGUCGAAUCUCCCGCCAACAAGCGCAAGCGAGUCAGUUUCCACGACCCGCCGGUUUCGCUGACUAAAGAAUACAUCCGCCAGGAGGAAGAAUGUCGCUCACCAUCCAUCAACCGCUGCCUGCAGCUAGUUGGCUUGUCCCCAGCCGACAAAGCCAAAUUUCUCAUGCGCCGAAAAAGCAAAGCUGACAGUCUAUCAGAGCUGGUCAAUUUUACACGCGCUUCUACAAAUCCUGCUGAACCUGGCAAAGAGGAGGAAGAUGAGAUCACCUCUUCCCCCGAAUCACUCGAAGGGGAGUUCAUGCUCAACACAACUGAUAACAUGAGCGCUCUCCAGGUCACUACCGAUGCCGUUGCGAUGGAAGUUGAUGCCGAACUUAAAUCUCCCGCUAGUUCAAAAAUAGACGCACCAGCGCCGCCGCCACCAACCGAACUACCCAAACGAACCUCGCCUCGAAAAAUCUCCCCAAAACCAACCGCCGACGAGCCACCGACCAAAAAGCCAACCUCUCCCAUCCCGGAACCAGCUCCGGAGCCAGUCGCUACUGCGAUCCCGCAGCAACCAGACAACACUAUUCGCUUCCAAUCCGAAGACGACAUUCUUUCACAUGUGAUCUCCAACCACUCAUUGGACUCCAUCCUGGAGCGCUACCUUGCAGCCGGUCGAAGCCUGGAGCAGAGUAAAACCGCUCGGCUGAUUACGCGGGAACUAUCGACACUGAUGAGUAAGGAUAGCAAAACGCGUUACACCGUGCUAGACGAACUUUCGGAGCGACAUUCGGCCGACUUCCUGGAUCAUGCCGUGCAGGAGAAUUCGUCCGCAAUGGUCUGCCAGCGGUUGUCUAUGACUACGAUGACCGAGUACAUCUUCGAGCGAUUGAAGAAACUAUCGUCGGCUAGUGGGAAACAGGAAGAGCAGGAGGAACGAAUUAGGAUUCUUCAGACCAUGUUUGACAAUUUACUACAGAUGGAUCAGUACGUCAGUGGUGCCGAGUUCCAUCAAAUGAGAGAGCGAUUCGUGAAGACGGUGGUGCACGCUAAGAGCCAACUGGAAGUUAUGGAACUGCUGGAGGAGUAUUUUGUCAGCAGUAGGAGAACGAAAACGGAUGCGGCUAGUAGUAGCACGUGACCAGGUUGUACUGGCAGCAGAGAUUUUAGUUGUUAGUAUUUCAUAUUUUAAGGCGUUCUAGCAUAAGUAAGGUCUUUUAUCUGUGGGAGUGCAGUAUCGUUUUUUACAACGUCAACUAAAUUGUACUAUUUUCAUCACGAUAUCACUAGAUUUACUAGCACGAAUAGUAGUGCCGGAUGUGUACGUCUGUUGUACCAGGUAGUGCAAACGAAUCAACAAAAGCAAGUUGACUUGCCAUGCCUUCUCGAAGAACAGCAAAAUACAAUAUAUUUUCUGACAUACAUAAUGUUCUCGUUCUAAGCAACACAGAUGGUACAAACAAUUGAUGAUAAAAACAGUUUUAAUUAUUAAAUGUCACCAGCUCUGGCUGACGUAACUAUCGCUAAUAGAAAAUAGGGCUGGAAGAAGCUAUGUAUUUUGAAAAUA